ACACACACACACACACACACACACACACACACACAUUGGCAUGCACUUACCUUCAGGUAGUUUUGCUCCAGUUGCUUUGUUUAAUGACUUCAAUAUGAAGCUGCCAAUAUUUUUUAUUUUAGGGAUGUUUCUGAAUCUUGGACACAUGCAAGAUUCGCCCAGUGACUUGGUUCUCGACAAAACUGUAACAGGGAUUUUGGGGGAAGAGGUCUACCUACAUUGUAUGUACACUGGGCAAUAUACAGUUAUGUUCUCCUCCUGGAACCGUCUGGAUUCCUCAAACCAUGCGAGGAAAAUGGCGGGCUACAUCGGUAACAAUGCAUUAAACAAAGAAAACUUUGGCGUACCAGCAUCAAUUACCAACCUCACUGUGAAAAUGAGCAUAGAGAGUCUUGACGUUGAAGGAGAAUAUACGUGCGUCUUCAACUCUGCAGAAGAUGAAACCAAGGACACCAUGUUCCUCAGUGUCAUUGCCCGGCCUGAUGUUGACAUCACUGUAAAGGAAGAAGUUGUGAACGGGACGCUCCACCAAGCUGUCACUUGCGCUGCCUCCAAUGCCAAGCCAGAGGCUUUUAUUAGAUGGAAGAUCUCUGGUGCCCUUCCAAGAGAUGACAUCUUCACUGUAACCACGAUUAAUGCUGUUCACCCCAACGGCACAAGCAGUUCAAUCAGUGUACUUCGCUUCCCCUUAAUUAUGAAUAAUGAGAGUACGGUUACCUGUGUCGUCGAACAUCAAGGCUUUACUGAACCUAAGGAAGCCAACAUAGAGGUGGCAACAUUUGUUCCACCUUUAAUGACCAUGGAGACUGUCCUGGUCCAAGAAGGCGGAGAAGAUUUCCAAGAAGUCAACUGCACAGCAUCAGGGGGACGACCACAUCCAAAUAUCACAUGGAUACUGCCUGAAUCUAAGAACAUGACACUUUCACAGAAAAACACCUCAAAACCAGAUACAGUUACAAGUUCAUACCGCUUCCCAUCAGACCUGUAUGGGGGCCAAAACAUCACUUGCAUUUUUGAAUACAUGCUUCUUCCUUUUUCAAGCACAAAGACUGUUACCCUGCCAACUUACUAUCUCUCCUCGCUUAAGCUGAAAGACCACAGUCUCGCUAUAAAGGAUGAAAAUCAAACUUCACUGGCAUUUCAGAUCGAGGACACAGACAUUAAAAUCAAAAUGGAUGUUUUGGGCAAUUUUCCAAGUUAUAAAAUCAACUGUAUCAAGGAAGAUCAACCAAUGCCAGAGGAUGUGCGUGUGGUUGGAAGUGAUCUGAUUAUCGACGGACCUCUAGAGCUGCAGCACGCAGGACAGUAUCUUUGUCAGGCCUCAUACCGUACACAUUCAGCAUCCUUGCAGUUUACACUUGAAGUGAAUUCAAAAGUCAUAAUGCCAGUGUCCUUUCCCCCAAACAUUAGUUGGAAUCUUAAGGAGAAUUCAGACAAUAUUUCCAUUGAAUGUUUGGCCUUAAACGCCGCACCUGCUGCAAACGUGUCCUGGGCCCUUCCACCAAAGCUGAAUGCUACGGUUCGCUCUGAUGUCACUUCCUUUAAUGGAUCACAUUCUGUCAGUAGUGUGUUGACUCUGCCCAUAUGCGUGACCAGUGAAUACACAGUUGAGUGUAUAGUCGAACAUCCGCUUCUUACAGGAAAAGAGACACGACAGAUUGCUCUUCCAGUUUGUGAGGCACCAAUAAUAACAUUGCAGUCCAAUAUUGAAUGGGAGAACGACAUUGCAUAUAUGCAUCUGGUUUGUUUGGUGGAGACUCAGAAGGCUACAGCAACUAUCAGCUGGGUUACAGAGCACUGUGAUAUUGACAUCCGACCUGGUGUGACUGUUAUGAGUCAGACUGAGUCUCAGCAGAGUCAUACUGUGAUCGCCGGGAGUGUGGCACACGUCCCUAUUUACAUGUAUGCUGGAUGCACCGUUACCUGUGUGGUUGAGCACAGUGGGUUCGAGAAACCAGAGAACAAGAGCAUUGGCCUUCCAUCAUUAGGGCCGUCUGAAAGUCAAUUGUUUGUGGAAGAAGACAUAUUCAACCAUCUAUGGCAUGCUGUGUGUGAGUACACUGGCAUUGGAGUAAAACCCAACAUCUCCUGGAUUCUUCCCGAUGAAGACACCAUAAUUCAGUCAUCUGUUCAGUUCAAGAACAAUGGAAUUAAUGUGCAAGUUAAUUCCACUUACGAAUUUCAGCUCAGUCAGCAUGAGGGAAAAGAUUUGAUAUGUCUGAUCCAGAAAGAGCACGGCAAAGACGAAAGGCAAACAAUACACAUUCCGAAAUAUUCUAUCUCAUCUGUUGAGGUUUCGAAUAAAACCACGCUUUAUCGUAGAGCUUCGGGGCAACACGAGCAUAGGGUGACAUUGCAUGAAAACCUCUCAUAUCAGAAGAUACUUCUGAAAGCUCAUGGGAAUGCACCGUCAUACAGGACUCAGUGUUACAGGGAAGAUGGUUCUGCGGCACACACUGUUGGCAUGGCAUUGGUUUUUACAGAGCCAGUUUCUGAACUGGAUACGGGCCUGUACAUCUGCCACGUCUCGUACCACCACCACAAGGCUACAGUCUCCAUCCGCGUGGACGUGACUAGCGAAGACACUCAACACUUGAUAUUCGUCACCAUCUGCUUCUCAUCGGCCGCUGCGAUCACCCUCAUCCUGACUAUCGUUUUGUUUGUUCUCUGUAAAUCAUUUGGGAGAAGUCAACCGCCGAACAAGAAAAACAGGAGAGAGCGCGAGUCUCUGUCAGCCCUAAUGCAAGAUCCUCGGCCUCCUGAGAAGACGGUGCUGCCGUGCGGGACCGGGCCGGAUUACGCCGAGCUUGUGCGCUAUUCUAUUGUUCUUGAUGUUAAAAGCACUGUGUGAGGCCUGUGUUGGGUAUAUAUGCAUUGAGGCCAAAGGGCUAAGGCCUUAAAAAUCUGUGAUAUGACAUGCAUUUAAACCAGGAAAGAUUUAAGAUUCUGCAGUGGGGUUUUUUAUUUGUACAUAAAGGUCAGGUUUUCCUGCGACAAGUGAGUACAUGCAAUGCUAUUUGAAACAAACUAAAAUCAUAUGUGAUAACAUAUGAUCCACAUCAGCUUAAUUAAUAUUUGAAGAAUUGAAGAGCUCAUAUGCAAAAAAAGUGUAUUGUAAAGAGCAUUUUUUUCAGACUCUUCUUAAGUGAGGUUAAGAGUUUUUGAAGUAUUUCAGUUCUUACUUGUUGUUUUAGACUUUGGGAUACCACUGUAUAUAUACAGUAUAUACAAUGAAAUUUGUUUACAUGUGUUUUUCUAGUUAUUUUUUCCAGGCACAGUCCCACUUUUAAGUAGCUUAGUUUUACUCAAAGCAUUAAUGAAAGUUUUUUUUUUAAGUAGUAGCAAUCUUUUUAACUAUAUUAUAGUCAUAUGUUAUCUUUCAUUAUGUUUCUAUCCAAACUGAGCCUUCAGCACACUCACUGACAGCGUAAAAUGUAUAAUGCUGUAGUGCCCUCUAGUGAUCAUGCAGUAUAUCUCUUAAAUGUUUGCUUUGCCUCCUACUUGCUGUUUGUUCUCCAAAUCAGGGGUCUCCAACCUUUUUGUGAGCAAUGUUGAUGUACCUGUUGAUUUUAUUUUACUUGAUAUAUAUAAAAAGUGUAU